AUGGCCAAUGAAACUUCAAGAAGCUAUGGGAGAGGCGAGGAGCCAACUACUGCUCUCCAUGAAGAGAACAGUAGUCAUUUUCAAGAACAAAGACCGGUGCACGGGUAAUUUUUCAAGAGACUCUUACCUUUUUCUCUAGUUCCUCUUCCUUUCUCUCUGUUUCUAUACAUCUUGAAACCCACCUAUGGGGCAUAUUUGCUUCGCUCGCCACAUUCUAUCCCAUCAAUGGGCACGGCCCAAUUGUCAUGCCUGAGAAAAUGGAAGAAACUUUUCUUUAAAAUUUUUCAUUAAUACGUUCGAGUGAUGUUUUUCCGUAGAAGGAUAAGUGGACCGACUCGAAGGUCAACGAAGGGACGGUGGACACCUGAAGAAGUAAGUGGAUACUCUUAAAUUUAUGCUUUUGUAAAGAUCUUCAUUUUUUCCCAGUUUGGUAUGGAUGAGUUACAAGCUAAUUAGUCCAAUGUAAUGGUGCAGCAUUUGGCAAAUCUAUAUUUUCCCUUAACUGAUCAAAUCAUGGGAUCCCAUAUUAUAUAGGGCCUCAUAUUUCCCCUUCGACUGUUUAUUUUUUUCUUGCUAUCCCUACUGCGAGAAAAGCUAUGGCAGCUUGCUGUGGGAAAUUGACGCUCGGAUCAGCAUAAUUUUUUCCAUUUGAAACCUAACCGAAAUGAUAUUCUGCUUAGGAUUCUGUAGGGUACAUUUGUGGUUGUAAAACAUCGUCUUUUCCAAUUUUUCUCCACUUCUCAAUUUUAUCUGUUCUUCUUAUGUACUAGUAUUCCAUUGUUGUUUUAACUGCAUGGAGAAAAAUAUUUUGCUCUCAUGACGUUGAUGCUUGGACUAGAAAUAUAGAGAUUGGACAUACUCGGUAAUGUAUUCAGUUCCCAGUAAUGCAUGUGCAUAAUUUGCGACAUUAUCUACAUUAACGAUUCCUUUAACUUACGUACCAGACAUUUAUUUGAUACAAUGUGCUUUUUGGGUUUGUUUGUGCAGGAUGCCAUACUCUUUAGAGCUGUCCAACGUCACAAAGGAAGAAAUUGGAAAAAGAUAGGUAAUAAUGAAAAUAGUUCGAUUAUGUUUCGCGGCCUGUCUUAAAUAUUUUUCAAACUUUCCUUGUUCGGUAAUACCUAAAGAUAAAUAUUAAUUUUUUUUCUUUCCAAAAAUUGUCCAAUGUUAUUUUUGCUAUGAUUAGUUUACAUGUCUCGAAAUGCCUCUUUGGAUGGACAUUUCUAUAAUUUUUCUGAAAUCCUGGACAAUGUAUGAAGCAGCUGGUACAUUUUCUCGUAGCCAUUUUGUGUCAAUUUCCAAUACAGACUCCUGGCCUUUUCCCUCCAUUGUGGUGUCCUCUUCGAAAUUUUCAGGACGUUUGUCAAUAUUUCCUUCUGAUCUGUUGUAACCUUGAUUUCCAUGUGUAAUCGGGAGACAAUUUUAGCUUUGUUUUCAUUUUACUCUCUCCUGAUUUUCCAAUUUUUUUGUUCAAGCCAGUGAUCCCGAUUUUUUUUUAUUUGCAGCAUUUUUCAUACGCUCCUGUUGUGGAUUUUGACCCUUUUUCUUCAUUUUAUAGCUGAAUGCUUCAAGGAUCGGACUGAUGUACAGUGCUUACACAGAUGGCAGAAAGUUUUAAAUCCCGAGCUAGUGAAAGGACCUUGGUCAAAAGAAGUAAUUUACUUUUUAUGCAAUUCUUUUAUCAUUCUACUCCGUGCUCUCUGUUCUGUCAUUUUCUAUUUUCCCUUUCAGUUUAUCUAGAUUUUUUCUCCUUUCCAGGAAGAUGAUAUCAUUAUUGAAAUGGUCAAUAAACAUGGGCCUAAAAAGUGGUCAACCAUCGCGCAAGCCCUACCUGGACGCAUUGGAAAGCAGUGCCGGGAAAGGUACUCGCAAAUUCUCCUCAAUUGAUCUGUUUAUUCAUUCUAUAUGGCUUCUACUGUACCCAUCUUAUUAUUAUUGUUAAUAUUAUUUACACAAAACGUUACGAGUGUGCUUCAUGAAAUUGUAACCUAAUUUUUUAAAGUUCUAACGUCGUUGAGUCAAUUAUUAGAUAUUCAUUCUAUUGGUAUUUAUUUAUUUUACUUUAAUAUCAAAUUCAUCGAGUAUAAAAAAUUUGAUAACUUUUUUUUACUGCUAGCUAUUUUAUAACCUGCUACUAAUUUAUCCUCCGAUUCUGAUAAAUUAAAACAUAUUCUGCUAGAGAAAUUAUAAAAAAAAAUAAUCUAAAACCUAUAGAUCGACACCAUUUUAUUGACCUAUGGUUAAUAUAAAUAUACGGACUAGUUAAUUAACAGUAAUUAACUAGCCCGUCUAUUUAUGUAUUGAAUUACAUUAAUCAUCUAUCGCGCUAUUAGUAGAGCCAUAGAUUAACUGUCAUUCGUAUUUUGUUGCUGGGGGGUGUUUCUCCCGCUCAUUGUUGAACGCAUGCCAGACACUUCACUUUUCCUCUUGAUUAUCUUGCUGCAAUUGCUACUUUCUCAUUUUUCUGGGUUUGUUUUUUCUGGAAUUUUUACUAGUUAUUAUUAACUAGCAUGAUCUUCAAGUGAAAAAAUUGUAGUAAAAGUUGUAAUCUGUUGUUUGCACGUGUUGAAAGUUUUUUUGUGUCGAUUGAAGAUACAUGUUACUCACAAUAUGGAAAUAUUGCAGAUGGCACAAUCACCUAAACCCUGCAAUCAGCAAGGAAGCAUGGACUCAGGAAGAGGAGUUGGCAUUGAUACACGCUCAUCAGAUCUAUGGAAACAAGUGGGCAGAGUUGACAAAAUUUUUACCUGGAAGGUAGGAGUCAUUUCUCUGCCAAUUUAUUUGUCCCAAUUGCCAUUUGAUGUUCGUUGUGUAGAAUACUUUCUGAUUCAUGGGUUAUACUUUUGGUGUUUAUAACUACGUCCCUUUAUGUUUAUCGUUUUGCAUUAAAUGAUUUAUUAAAAAGCUCAGGUGUUCCAUCCCAUUUCACUGAAAAGUUCUUCCUAUGAAUCUCCAGGACUGAUAAUGCCAUAAAAAAUCAUUGGAACAGCUCUGUCAAAAAGAAGUUGGACUCAUAUCUUUCAUCAGGUUUGCUUUCACAAUUCCAGGGUCUACCUCAUGUAGAAAGUUCAAAGUGCUCCGGAGCUUCAUCUCUUACUAAAACACAACAAAGGACUGGAGAUACUUGUUCUAAAGACAUGGACAUCAUGGAGAUAUCAGAGUGCAGCCAAGAGACUGUACAGGUCGGCUGUUCUCAGUCGGACUGUGAAGUGGCGAAUGCAGCUUUGCGGAGUGCGGAUGAGGACAGAAAUGGAGAAGAUACUGGCAACGAGAACAUGCGAAAUCCUCCCUCGAUUUUGUGCUCGAAAGAGCAUCACAUGCAAUGCAUUUCUGUGAAUUUAUCAGAUGAGAACUCAGUACCCGAUGGUGGGAUCUCUGAAUGUGUCCUGGGCCAAAUCGAUUUACAUGAACAGUCCAGCAUGUCUUCUCUUGAAGAUGCACGGAAAACUCCAGGACUGUUAAGGGAUCCAAAACAGUGUCCGGCCCCUGCCAAUGAGAAAUGUGAAUUCAGAGGAUCUGUUUUAUUUUCAGACUCUUUAGCUUACAACAGUUCCUAUUCUUUGGAGAAUGCUGUUGAGGGUGAUGAUGAUCAGGAUAAUAUGCAUAUUUCUGAGAAUCCUUUUGCCGCUGCAAGUGACUCAAGGAGCUCUAUUUUGUCGAAUGUUAGUAAUGUGGGUUACUGUACAGGUUUGGGUGGUGAUGAUCAGGAUAGAAUGCUCAUCUGCCGUAAUAUUUUUUUGGAAAGGUGUGACCAAAGGCAUCCUUCUUCUUGUGGUUCAAAUGUUAACCAUUCGGAUUAUUGUACGGGCACCACAACUAGCCAAUCUGACACUCAAGAUUGUGAACCAUGUGAUGGUUUUGAUUAUUCAGGUGGUGAUGACCAGGGUACAAUGCCAAUACCCACCGGGUAUUGUAGUAAAUUUUUGGAGGGGAAGAGUGACCUGAGGAAUUCAACCUCCGGGUCAGAUGUCAAUCGUUUGGAUUAUUCAGCAAUUUCCACGACUAGCCAAUGUGAUAUUCAGGGCUUUCAACCAUGCAAAGUUCUCGAUUAUCCAGUGAAUGCCCCUGAUAUGUUGUCUAUAACUUGCUCCCAGAUCUUCCCGUCUUCAGACCCUCUUCAAGCUUCAUAUGGAAUCAACAGCAGCAUGGAUGUUGAUGGGACUCCGAACUCAGAAUUCUACACGAUUCCAUAUGAUUGUUUUAUGCAAAACGGCAAUCCUACUGUUUAUAGGGUCACCGACCAUGAUAAUUCCCACAUAUCUGUGGAAAGUUGUCAAGAACAAGAGCAAAUUUCUGCGGAAGUAAAUCUCUCUGAACCUGAUGAUCUCACUAAGUCUCAUCCAUCUUCCAUUAAUGAGAAGCGUGAUUCAGAAGAAGAUCGGGACUUAGGUUCUUUAUUCUAUGAGCCUCCUCGGUUCCCAAGUCUAGAUAUCCCUUUCGUCAGCUGUGAUCUUGUAUCCUCCAGUGAUCUGCAGCAGGCUUACAGCCCUCUUGGCAUUCGACAGCUGAUGAUGUCCUCCAUGAGCUGCUCCACUCCAUACAAGUUAUGGGACUCCCCUUCAAGUGAUGACAGUCCUGCUGCUGUCCUGAAGAACGCUGCCAAGAGCUUCUUAUGCACCCCAUCAAUCAUGAAGAAAAGACAGCGGGAGCUGUUAUCUCCCAUGCAGAAUCAAAGAACUGGAAAGGAAUCUGCAAAGCACAUAAACCAGGAUGAACAAGCGGCACCACCCUGUAAGAACGAAAAUGGAAAUCCAUGCGCGGAUGUUAUACCUAUUGAGGGCACUUUCCUUUCCUCGUAUUACGAGGAAAAGACUGUAAAUUCUCCAAAUGAGGAGCGAAAUAUGGUUACUGUCGAAGGAAAAGACGAACAUGCAGUUUCGGACAAGAGAUCUGACUGGAGUAACAGUUCUGAAAACAUGAAAGAACCAGGGGCACAGAGGUUUCAUCCACCAAAGCAUAUCGGUUCCGACACAAGAUCAGAGAAUGUGAGUGUUUCCAUUCCUUUUGUCAACUUCUAGACUUCUAUAUGGUAAGGGAGUUAGUUUUUUUUUUCCGAAUAUGUUAGCAAAUGAACCUGGUGAAGAUCAUAAACAUUAUGAAAAAUAAAAUAAAAUUGAUCUCUCGCUUAUUUAUUUCCUAGUGAGGAGAUCAUAUUCAAAUUUAUUUGGCAAUGACCCUAUUAGUUUUAUAUUCUGUCACACCCUCUUAUGUGAGAAACCAUAUGUUUAGGUAUCUCGUUAAAAAAUAAAUAAAUACAUGAUUGAACUUAAGCAGGAGAUUUAUUUAUUUCUUUAUUUUCGGGUGGAAACCAUGGAGGGGUUAUUUUGUCCAAAAAUCAUCUUCAGCCCACAACAGUGUCUUUAAUCUGUAGCGUUUUCAUCAUUGUCAGUUGACUUCCAUUUCUAGUUUUGAUCAAGUAUUUUCAUUUACCUUGUUACAGGCAGGAGUACUCGUUGAGCAUAAUAUCAAUGACAUGCAAUUAUUCUCCUCCCGUGAAGAAAACAUAGAUAUGUAAGAUUGGCGACCGUCAUUUUCCUCUACUUUUCGCAAUAUUAGUAUCGAUCUCCAUGGAAGAACUCAGAAGAAAAAUAAAUAUAUCUAGAUAUUUUGUUCUUUCUCAUGUUAAUUAGUACGGGCAGCAGGCUUUCCUUCUUUAAAUAAUUUGUUUUUGGCAUGGAGAACUACUAUUUAAAUAGUAUUUUAUACAUAGUUUCUUUUUUUAUUUCACGGAGAACUAUUAUUUACACUAUUUUCAUUAUUUCUCAUGUUAAUUAGUAGGGGCAGCAGACUUUCAUUGUUUAAAUAAUUUUUUCUUGACAUGGAGAAACUACUAUUUACAUAGUUUUUUUUCACGGAAAACUAUUAUUUACACUAUUUUCAUUCUUUCUCAUAUGAAUUAGUAGGGCAGCAGACUUUCAUGUCAGAAAUAAUUUUUUUCUGACAUGGAGAACUAUUUAUAUUAUAAGUUUUAAAAACAUUUUUUUGGGCAUUUGGAAUAUUUUCAUUCUUUCUCAUGUUACCUUUCUACAUAGUUCUUUUUUUUUUUCAUACAAACUAGCUCUGUAUGCUCAUUAGAAAUUGACUCUCUCUCUCUGUUUUUCCAACCUUUUACUAUCAUCUUAUAUUACUAUGGUUAUGGAUCAUAUAUCAUUAAUCUUAUCUGCCUCUGAUCCAUAUGACCUGCUUCCUUUUUGUGGCAAGUAGACUAAAUUAAUAAUUGGAGAAAAAAAUUAAAAAAUAGAUAGUCAUUACUUGUUCUUGAAUUUUUUUCUCUUCUGAUAAUUUUUUUAAAAAAAACCCUUGCCUUCCUCAGAUUUGUAAAUACUCCUGGCCCCAAGAGAGGAAUCGAGUCUCCUUCUGCAUGGAAGUCACCGUGGUUCAUGAGCACCCUCCUUCCAGGGACAAAGAUCGACGCGGACAUCCCAGUGGAGGUAGGUGGAAUCAGAUCGUCUACUGAAAUCUCUCAUCUUUCUCAAGCUCUGAAUAUCAUCAGACCAUGUGGCCUAUCGUGAGACCGCCAUGUGGCAAGGGAAGAUGGACUUCCAGGCCCAAAUCUAGAAAAUGUUUGGGUGGGCCCACUUUUUUUUCUGGCGAUAUUUAUGUUCAAAAAGUCAAACUUGGUCACCUGAAAUUAAUAUAUAUGGGUAUUUAAAAAUUAAAUUAAAUUAACCUCUCUUUUUUUUUUUCAGAAUUUUGGAUACUUCAUGAGCCCUGUUGAUCGAUCCCUCGAUGCCAUUGGGCUGAUGAGAUUGUUGAGCGUGCCGACUGCCGCCGCUGUUGCCGAAGCCCACGAGGUUUUGUCCGGCAGAAAUCUUCAAACCCGCUUGCCAUCAGAAAAUCUGGUGAGUCAUUUUAAGCUUUUUUAGCUUCUCUCUCUCUCUCUCUCUUGUUCAGAGCCCUUUUAGGGCUUUGACUUUCACACCACGUUGACUUUCACUCCUUUCCUUACCAGACCGAAGGACGUGUCCUUGACUUCAGUGGGUGCUGCACGACACCAGGCAGCGGAUCCGAGAAGCGGAAGCCGGGCAGGGCGGUGACCUUUACUAGCCCAUCUUCUUAUCUUAUGAAGGGCUGCCGCUAG